AUGCUGGUCCUGUGGCAGGGGUUCAACUUCCACCGCAGGGCCCACCGGGGCAGCCAGCUGCUGCCCUGCAACAAGUGUGACAAGUCCUUCAGCAACCCCCAGAGCCUCAAGCUGCACCAGGUGACCCACUCCAACAGGAAGCCCCAUAAGUGUCCGACGUGUGGUAAAGGCUUCAAGCUGCAGGGGGGUCUGCGCUGCCACCAGCGGACGCACGGCGAGGCCAAGGACUACCACUGCCCCGAGUGUGGCAAGAGCUUCUCCAGCCUGCAGAACCUCAAGCUGCACAACCGCACACACACCGGGCUCAAACCCUACCAGUGCUCAGAGUGUGGCAAGAGGUUCACGCAGUCGCCCCACCUGAAGGCCCACAUGGUGACACACACCGGGGAGCGCCCGUUCACCUGCACCACCUGUGGGAAGAGAUUCACCCAGUCAUCACACCUCAGGUCCCACAUCACCCUGUUCCACGUGGGGGAGAAACCGUUCAGCUGCAGCGACUGUGGGAAGAGCUUCACCAUCGCCCACUACCUGAAGAUGCACCGGCUGAGCCACACCAAGGAGAAACUGUACCAGUGCUCCUACUGCGACAAGUCCUUCUCCUACCACAACUCCUGGAGGGCCCACGAGAGGAUCCACACAGGGGAGAGGCCCUUCACCUGCCAGGAAUGUGGGCGGAGCUUCACCACGUCAGGCUCUCUGCUGAGCCACCAGCGGUCCAAACACACGGGAGAGAAACCUCACUACUGCUUCACCUGCGGCCAGUUCUUCUUCACCAGCUCGCUGCUGCGCGUUCACCAGCUGGACCACAGCGGCGAGCGCCCGCACGCCUGUGGCUGCGGAAAGACGUUCAAAACCCGCGGAGUGCUGCGGCUGCACCUCAAGAGGUUCCUGACCCACCGGCCUGCACAGUGAACGCACCACCAGCCCCACGCAGUGAACGCAACACUGGCUCCGCCACAGUGAACGCACCGCCAGCCCCACGCAGUGAACGCAUCACUGGCUCCGCCACAGUGAACGCACCACCGGUCCCACACAGUAAUCACCACACUGGUUCAGCACAGUGAACGCAACACUGGUCCCCAUGCAGUGAACGCAACACUGGUCCCACGCAGUGAACGCAACACUGGUCCCACGCAGUGAACGCAACACUGGUCCCACACAGUGAACACACCACUGGUCCCACGCAGUGAACGCAACACUGGUCCCACGCAGUGAACGCAACACUGGUCCCACGCAGUGAACACAACACUGGUCCCACGCAGUGAACGCAACACUGGUCCCACGCAGUGAACGCAACACUGGUCCCACGCAGUGAACGCAACACUGGUCCCACGCAGUGAACGCAACACUGGUCCCACGCAGUGAACGCAACACUGGUCCCACGCAGUGAACGCAACACUGGUCCCACGCAGUGAACGCAACACUGGUCCCCCCACAAUGAACGCACCACCGGUCCCCCACAG